UAAUCUACAGUAUAUGCCACAUAACUGAUUGAUUAUUUAUAAGAACUUGGUAAAAAAUCUCAAAGCAACCAAACCUCCUCAGCUCAUGGACAUAAGCAGGGGGAGAGGGGAGGGGGUCUCCUUGACUGACAACCCAAAUGUCCUAUGGAAUUCCAGUAACGGUCCAACUGUGCUGAGAAACCCACCCAAAGGCAAUUAAGGGUAAAGUACUACAAAAAUAUUUGAUACACUUCUUUUUCUGGUCGAAUAGAAGAAAGGAUGGCGAGAGAGCAAUAGAAUGAAACACUGAUCUCCUGUGAUGGAAUAGAUAGAUAACGGUCCGAUCGUUUACGAAUUUCAAAGAACUCAACGAUAUAGGCUAGCCUACGCAUAACAUUUGUCUUCUCCAAAACUUCGAAUGAAAUAGAUGAAGCGGUGGUCCAAAAAGAUGUCUUAUCGGCGGAAGACAUUAUAAAAAGUUACAGAGAGAGUUUCUGAGUAAGAACGACCACAAGAACGAAUGUUGGACCUACCCUUGAACGUAUACAUUUUGCGAAAACGUCGAUGUUUUUUUUUUUAAAGGACCAAGGAAAGUAUUAUUAUUAUUGGAUCACACUUAGGUAGAUCUCAAUCUUUUCAGCCAGGGUGUUCUCUUCAUCAGUCUCUCUGAUUUAUUCCGCGUGUUGAGGGGAUGGGGGCCGCGCCGGGUUCGGGCUGGGAGGAGGGGGAGUUCGAGUUCAAGUUGGUUUUUGAGGAGGACCCGCCGCGCCAACUCCGGGGCCCAUCCCCGCUGCGCAACGCGGACCAGGAGCACACCGUCGCAGGGGAGAGGACAGAGAGCUCCCUGUCGCUCCCAACGUCGAGCAAUACUGACAGCCACCUGGCUGCCACUCAUGUAGGCCAGCCAAUCGGCAUCCCUACCCCACCGUCUUCUUCAGCCAGUCAAAGGGCUGGGAUGCAUUCCCCGCCCCCCAGGCGUGCCUUGGUGAGGGAGUUCAGCGGGACUUAUGAGAGUCUUCCAGCGCGAUCUGUACAAGUCUCAGAGUCCCGUGUGUUGGAGUGCCCUAGCAUCCAGAUCACUACUAUCUCUCCAGAGGAUGACACUGCCCCAGCAGGAAGUAACUACUGGGACACAGGAGGUGGCUGGGAGAGGGAGCGCCUCUACCUCCCCUUACUGGACCCAUUCUGCUACCGCGACGGCGGCACCGGCACUGGGUCCCUGAGCCCAAGCCCUGCCUCCAGCCCCUCUUCUCGCGGCUGGCUCAGUCCUGCGUCCAGCUGUGAUUCGCUGCUAGUAGAGGAGGAGGAUCUCAAUGAGGUCACUUCCCAUUUCUGCCUGUCGCCCUCCUCCCGGCCAACCUCCCCGGGGGGUAAGAAGCGCAGGAACUCCCCCCUGGCCUCCCCCUGCACCUCCCGCAGGAGCAGCUACUCUGAGGACCACUCCUGUAACCAGGAGGAAGGAGACUCCACCUCUCAGUCACAGGGUCCCAACAGCAGCUUUGAGCUGAGCAUCCCACAGAAGACCAGGAAGACGUCACUGGAGCAGGUUUCCCCCAGGGAGGUGGAGCAAGUGCAGGCUCCAGCCCAUAGCUCCCACUGCCCACUCCCAGAGCCGCUGCAGCAGAGGAGAGAGGCCCCUUCCAUGGGCAUGGACUACCUGUCUGUGCCCCCUGCUCUGGGCUGGGGGAGGACCAGAGCCAGCGCCCACAGCCCUCUGUUCAGAUCCAAUGCUCUGCCACCACUUGAUUGGCCUCUGCCAACUCAGUUUGACCAAUAUGAACUGCGUAUCGAGGUGCAGCCCCGCCCACACCACCGAGCCCACUACGAGACGGAGGGAAGCAGAGGAGCCGUCAAGGCAUCACCAGGGGGACAUCCGGUUGUUAAGCUGACUGGGUACACAGAGAGACAGCCGCUCUCUUUGCAGGUGUUUGUGGGAACAGCUGAUGACAGGUCCAUCCGGCCUCAUCCUUUCUAUCAGAUUCACAGGGUGACAGGGAAGAUGGUGGGCACUGCCAGUCAGGAGAGCGUCCAAGCUGGCACCAAAAUACUGGACAUCCCCCUCAACCCAGAUACCAACAUGACUGCGCUCAUUGACUGUGCUGGCAUUCUGAAGCUGAGGAACUCGGACAUCGAGCUGAGGAAAGGAGAGACGGACGUAGGGAGGAAGAACACGCGUGUGCGCCUCGUGUUCCGUACCCACCUCCCCCUGGCCCCUCACGUGGCCCCGCCUGGACGGGUGCUGGCCCUGCAGGUCGCCUCCCUUCCUAUAGAGUGCUCCCAGCGCUCUGCUCAGGAGCUGCCAGUGGUGGAGUCAGUCAGUCUUACAUCCUGCUCUGUGGAAGGAGGGGAGGAGCUACUGUUGGGUGGGUCUAACUUCCUGCCCAUGUCCAGAGUGCUUUUUAUGGAAAGAGGGACAGAUGGAAAGCAACAGUGGGAAGAGGAGGCACAUGUUGACCGUGACAACAGUAGUGAGUGCUUGCUGUGUGUGCGAGUUCCAGCCUAUAGCGACCUCUCAGUGAGCCGCCCAGUAUCUGUGUGCCUUUACGUCUCCAACGGGAAGAGAAAAAGGAGCAGCACUCACUGUUUCAAGUACCUGCCGGUCAUGUUUAAAGAGGAGGACCCUCUGCUGUCGCAUCCCUCUGCCUUGCCCCUGGAGGGGGUGACACUCUGCUCCAUGAGGGGGCCCAGCAGGGUGGACAGCGGUGUGCACCGGGGGAAUGAUCCCAUGCUCGAGGAGGGAGGACUGGCCUUCCACCUUCCCCCCUACCCUUCAGCCUGCUCUCCCCCCUACCCCGGCCAGAGCUACCAGGAGUACUGCCACAAGCCGGAAACUGUGGAGGAGAGCAGAGGUUCUCUGUCGGAGAGACACCCCAGCUUUGAGAACUUGGAGCUGGGCUUCACUGAGCUACUGCCUCCCUUUUACCCCAGAGUCCCCCAGCCUCCCUCCCCCUCCCCUUGGCUGGACUCCCCAUACCUGUCCUCUUCCCCCUCUCCCUCCCACUCCUCCUCUCUGAGUCCCUUCCCCUCCAGCAGCCCCAUCUCCUCCUCCCCUCGUCCCCCCAUGACUACCUCUCCCUUCCCCCACUACCCCUACCCUCAUGAGGUCUGCCCCUCGCCUCCUUCCAACCCUAGCCCAUAUCAGGACUUCUACCCACCACCGUACUCCCACUAUGAGGUAUGGGACCACCAGGGCAGGGGACCUGGGGAAAGGGAAGCUCAGGCUGGACCUAAAAUGCAGGAGAGCCCCCUGGAAUUUGCCAGCUCAUCAUCCUUUCACCACAUUACAUUAGAGGAAGUGAAUGAGUUCAUAGGAGAAGACAUCAGAUCCUUCCAUUCGGGCUCACAGAUGGACAGCCAACCGGGAUGACAAGCUCCGUACUGUCCUGUCUUGUUCUGUUUUUAUAGUAUGAAGUGCGUUAUUGAUAUCAUAUCACACCUUUUCCUAUGCACUUGGUUUCUGACGUAUUGCUCAAUUAUGGCAAUACUGAAUGGGGAUUAAAUAAAAGGGCACGGUUGUAAGUAUGAUCGAAGGUCACUGUUACAGUUUAUAUAAGGGAGACUAAUGUUUUUAACCUGUUUUCAAUAUAAAUUAUACAAGUAAA